AUGGGCUCUGAAGAAUCGUCGUGGACCCCCGAGUCCGUCCUUGCUACUCUCCCCCACCCCCCAGAGGAGAACUCGACGUCACCCGUUCCCUUCUUCCACUUGAUUGAGCGCCUCAAGACCACCAAGCGCGAAGGCUGGCGCCGCUUCGGAAUCAAUGGCGAAUCUAUCUCCGAUCAUAUGUACCGCAUGUCGAUCAUGACGAUGAUGGCCCCGCCGUCCCUGGCCACCAAGAUCAACAUCCCUCACUGCACAAAGAUGGCGCUCAUUCAUGACAUGGCUGAGGCUCUUGUCGGUGAUAUCACUCCCGUCGACCUGCACAUCACCAAGGCUGAGAAGGCUCGCCGCGAAGGCGCCGUCAUGGACUACAUCACUCAAACCCUUCUCGGCAAGGUUCCCGGAGGGACUCUGUCCGGCGCGGAGAUCAAGAGCGUUUUCCAGGAAUACGAGGACGACGAGACUUUGGAAGCUCACUACGUCCACGACAUUGACAAGAUGGAGCUGCUCUUGCAGAUGGUUGAGUACGAGCGUUCCAACGAGGUCGAUCUUACUGAGUUCACCCAUGUUGCAUCCCGCAUUCGUUUGCCGGAGAUCCAAGCUUGGGCUGCUGAGGUCAUUGCUGAGAGACGCAAGCAAGCCUAA